GACAAAAAUGCGUUAUUAUACGACAGGGUCAAGGAAAUUAAAUUAAGACUUGGCAAUGUCUCCAUAAGAGAAUAGUGAUGUAAUGAUAUCAUUAAUCAACUAUAACAAAUUCCUUCCUCAUCUCAUCUUGUAUAAAUAAUAAUACUUGUCUUGCAAGAGCUGAUCAUCUCAUAUUCUUAUCCUUCUUCCAUUUCUUUUUCAUUAUUCUUUGUAUACUCUGUUUGUAUUAUCUACUACUAUUCAAAUCUUGCACGUAGCUUUUUUACAAGAAAUUAAAGAACAGAGCAAGCAAUAAUGCAGAAGGUGGUGCUAAAAUUGGAUCUUCACGAUGAUAGCAAUUCCAAGCAAAAAGCUUUGAAAAUGGUCUCCUCUAUUUCUGGUCUUGAUUCAAUCUCAAUGGAUAUGAAGGAGAAGAAACUGACAGUAAUCGGGGAUAUGGAUCCUGUGGCAGUGGUUAAAAGGUUAAGAAAGACUUAUUACACAGAAAUUCUCUCGAUUGGUCCUGCAAAAGAACCCGAGAAGCCAAAGGAAGGACCCAAAAAGCCAGCGGACCCACCCACAGUUGUAGUCCCACUGACUGAUUUUUACCAGGCCUGGCCAGGACAUAGCAACUCCUUUAUUUAUCCAACCCAUCCUUCAUAUAAUGGCUAUGUUUGUGCCAGAAGUGUAGAAGAUGACCCAAUUGGAUGUGUUAUUUGUUAAUUUAAGGACACAGUACCAAUUAUGUGUGGAGCGGUCUUUUGAGAUUUUGUUGUUUAUGGAACCAUCUACUGUAAUUAGACCGGAUUUUAAACGGAUGUCUACUUGUCUAUAGACGACAUCUGUGACAAAUGAGAAUUUUGAAAAAAGUAAAGUUUAAAAAAUUAAGAAUGUAUUGUAAAUAAUUUUUUUAGGUAUAUUUAUGCAACUUGCAACUUGCAACUUAGCAUCGUUCUUAUGAUUGAAAAUAGUGUGAAAGUUUUCCAGUUUGUACAAUAGAGCCUUUUAUCUCCUAUUUUACUUUAAUUAAAUUAAAUUAGUAUUUUGUGCUUUAAAGAUUGUAACAAUUGUGUCUUUUCUAUAUAAUAAGUUUUUGGUUUGAUUUCGAAACGAAUAAAACA